GGAAGCCAGCCUUCAUAGUUGAACGGUGUUCGGAGAUGUUGACACUUUCGUUGGUGUGACAGACCUGUCUGAAGUUUAAAACAGUGCUGUCGGCAGUUUUUCCUUCUGAGURCCUGAGAAGAAGCCAUUUUGCUGAUAAUUCCUCAGACUUUGACUCAUUAAAAGCGGACUGUUUUGGCCUUAAAGCCCCCAACAUGCAUGCUAACUUUAGCCAAGUCGCUAGCUAACUGGAUCCACAACCUUCUGUCCUUUCCAGGAGCAACCCAGCCAGGCUGGGUUGUUGUCUGGCUGUUUUAUGUGCUAUUUAAGCUCAUGCCACCGCCUGUUGCUCCCUGUAGAGCUAAUGUACGUUGUGCUGUUGCUGGACGUUGGUGCUAUGCAACUGAAUAACGGCUAACUGUCUCUUCASUUCCGUCCUGAGAGCUUUCUGAUAAGACAGCACGAACAACCCUCGCUUGUGUGUCCCAAACAUGGACGCUAUGGAGCUGGCUUGAUAGGACAAGUGUGGUCGUUCACGACAGCAGAUGCCUCCUCUGUGAGGCGAGCGACCGCCACCAUCAUCCCCCACCUGUAUUACUGCAGCUCCUGCAUCAUCAUCAUCUUCUCCUUCUUCAUCCCUGAGCCAUCAGGAUGUUGGAGGGGCUCGUAGCCUGGGUGCUAAACACUUACCUGGGAAAAUAUGUCAGCAAUCUGAACACAGAUCAGCUCUCCAUUGAGCUACUUAAAGGUGCAGUGGAACUGGAAAACCUGCCAUUGAGGAAAGAUGCCCUCCGAGAGUUUGACCUGCCAUUUGAAGUCAAAACAGGAUUUAUUGGGAAGAUCACUCUGCAGAUCCCGUUCUACCGGCCUUACAGUGACCCGUGGGUCAUCUCCAUGUCCCAGCUCAACCUCAUCAUCGGCCCCACGCAGCCGCAGGAGUUUGACGCAGAGAAGGAAAACRWGGAAGCGAGGGAACGCAAAAAGUACCUCCUCAAAACUAUCGAAGACAAAUUCAAAAGUGAGUGUGAGCAGAGAGGAGAGUCGUACUGGUACUCUGUCACCGCCUCGGCCGUCACCAGGAUUGUUGAAAACAUUGAACUGAAGAUYCAAAAUGUUCACCUGCGGUUUGAGGAUGACGUUUCCAUCGCGGAGAAGACCUUUUCUUUUGGCGUUUGCAUUAGCAGCGUGUCGGCUCACAAUCCCUCAAAAGAGUUGAUCCAUAAGCCUUUCAAGCAAAAGCAGCUGGAGAUUGAAGACUUCAGCGUUUACUGGGACACCAAGUGUGAAAUGCUGGGAAAGCUGCCUGCAAGCCAGGUCCAGGAUGCGAUGACUCGGUGCAUGCAGAGUCGCCAGCACCAGUACAUCUUUGAGCCAGUGUGCGCCUCCGUGCUGCUCAGGAGAAACACCUCCAGGGAGCCGCUGAGGACCCGGAACAUCCCUCGGAUCGAGGGCCAGGUCCAGCUGGAGCCCAUGUCUUUACGUCUGUCCCAGGUUCAGUACCAGCAGAUCAUGGCUUUCCUCAAAGAAGUGGAGCGCAGAGAGAGAGGGAUGCUGUACAGAACAUGGAGACCCAAAGUCCCGAUUUCUGGGAACGGCCGCACAUGGUGGCUGUUUGCCCUUCAGGCCAACCUGAGUGACAUCAGGGAGCAGCGGAGGCGAGGCAGCUGGGCGUUUGCCCUGCGACGCGCCCGGGACGCGCAGACCUACACCGGCCUCUACUUCCGCAGGCUGAAAGCCGCCUCCCUGAGCCCAGAGGACGAGGCUGAACUGGAACGAGUCGAAGAGGAGCAGACGCUGGAGGAGCUGCAGAUUCUCAGAGAAGUUGUCCAUGACAGGUUUCGAUUGCAGGAAGAGAUGGCAGACAACAUUCGGGAGCCUAGCGGCAGCCCCCAGGCUGCUCCGCCUGCCACAUCCGUUCGUCAAAGCGGAAGCUACAGAAUGAUUCAGUACCUGCAGUCUUGGUUCCCUGGUUGGGGCGGCUGGUCUGGAAACGCGGAGGAUCUGGAGACGCCUGAGGAACUCCUGCCAAGUCCAUCAUCCUGGGAUAUUCUAGCAGAGACAGGGGAUUUGUUCGACCCACUGGAGGACUCCCACACUCUGAACACCUUCACUAGACGAGACUACAUGUUUGCUCGACUGGAGUUCUUUUUGGAGAAGGGCGGCGUCACUCUUUUUCACGAGGAAAGGAGAGCGGACUCGAUGCACGAGAGUGGAGUCCUCCAGCUGGAGUUCUCAGGAGUGAAGGUGAUCGUGGAAUCUCUUCCUCGCUCGGAGUCGUCCUUGCUGUCCGUGAAGCUGGGCAGCCUGUUCCUCAGAGACCUGACCACUCAGGGCACCAUGUUCCCCUUCCUGGUGUCGCCCAAAGUGGACAAAGUUGUUGUUGCCCUUAGUCAGUCCAUGAGUCAGCACAGCGCUGCUGCUGAGUGCGACGCUGAGUGGACUUCUCCAGUGUUCGAGAUGAUAUACGAGCGCAACCCUGUGAGGUCCAAAUUUGAGAGGAGGCUGGAAGUGAGCACCAGUCCAUUAAACAUCAUCUACAGUCCGCAAGCCAUGAAAAAAGUGACCGAAUUCUUCUAUAAAGGAAGAGUUCACACUUCAGGGUUUGGCUACCAGUCUGAGCUGGAGCUUCGGGUGGCCGAAGCGGCAAGGAGGCAGUAUGACAAGCUGAAGAAGCAAACCAAGGCAGAGAUUCGACAAACCAUCGACCAGCUGCUCGUUGGAGAGUUCAUUGAAAACGGCAAGCGCUGGACGAUGAAGCUGGAUAUUUGCGCACCUCAGGUGGUUUUCCCCGAUGACUUCCAGUCGGAAGACCCGAUGCUCGUUGUGGUGGACUUAGGCAGGAUCCUUCUGACCAACUCUCAAGAUGACAGCGUCGUCAGCUCUACAGCUGCUCAACCUCAGCAGGACGUCCAGAGUGACGAGGAGUACCAAACUCCUCUGGCCACCCCGCCCGAGUCUCCGCUUGCAACCGAAGUGCCUUUAAAAACGCUGUUUAAAAACCCAGAACUUCCCAACCUCAGAUCUCCGGAGGCUCUGAAGGCCUACAGCAAAAAGCUCUAUGAGAAGUACUGCCUUUCAUUCAAGGACCUGCAGAUUAUGGUCGGGCGCUACAAGGACAGCUGGAAGCACCUCCAGGACAGCGAAGUGGGACCAACCCACGUUGUGGAGAAGUUUAACGUCCUGCUGCAGCUUGAGCAGCGGCUGCGAUACACUUCGGACCCUCAGCUGCCCGGCGCGGUGCUGUCGGGAACGCUGCCGGAUCUGAAGGUGCACAUCAACCUUGAGAAGAUGACCGCCAUCAGGACUUGUCUGGUGCGGCUAACCGGGCCAGCCGAAGACGACAGCGGCCCUGGGAAAGAUCCGAGCGUAGCGUCCCCUGACCCUCCCACGCUGCGCCGGGACAAGAUCUUCCACAGAGUGGACAGUUCGUGGAAACUGCAGGAUUCUGCCAAGAACCUGACGCAGAGCGUGAUGACCUUAGAGCAGCACACGCGGGAAGUCCUGGUGGAAUCCCACCUGCUGUUGGCUGAGUUCAACAUCAACUACAUGCAGCUCGGUGUGGAGAGCAACGGCCGCUAUAUUUCUGUUUUUAAAGUGUUUGGCACUAACGCUCAUUUUGUCAAGCGACCUUAUGAUGUAGAAGUCGCUCUGACCGUUCACGGAUUUCUCCUGGUCGACACGCUGCAGACGUACGGUUCCGACUUCGACCUGCUCGUUGCGUCUCAUAAGCAUCUAAGCUUCGACGUUCCCACCGGUAGCCUCAGGGAAAGCCAGCCGUCUUCCCCCACUUUGUGUGACGAGCGGACCUCUGAGCAUCCUGGAGUCCAUUCUGGGUCAUUCUCUGAUCUCUCCCCAUGUAGUUCCUUCCUGAAAGACCAGGACGCCCUCAUUAGGCUCGAGUACCAGUUUGUGAGCUCAGACUGUCCCUCCAUGGACCUCAACAACUCCCUCCAGGUCACCAGCAUUCAGGUCAACAACCUGGACAUCAUUCUCAACCCUGAGACCAUGGGGGAGCUGCUCAAUUUCCUCCAAAAGUCUUUCCCCAAAGAGGAGAAUGCAUCAUCCACCCAGGAGUGUCCAACGCAGCUGUCCAGUGAGGAAGACGACCGGGCCUAUCAGUCAACGUACGACCAGAACAAGGAGCUAACCGUGGAGAUCCACCGCCUCAACCUGCUGCUCCUGCGGACUGUCUCCUCCAGCACCGCCCUGGCAGUCGAGAAGAAGGGCUUGAAGAUCGCCACCGCCAGCAUCUCUGGCACCAAAGUCAACGUUUCCCUGGGAAGCCGUCUGGACGUCAGCGGUUCCCUGGGAUCCUUGCAGCUGGUGGAUUUAACCCAAGAGGCAGGAAGAAACCAGUUUGUGGUCAGCAUUGGGAGUGCUGAGGACAGCUGCUUGAGUCCCCAAGGUUUAACGUUUCUGCCCGACGACCGAGAGUCUCCAACAGACGCUCUGAACUUUCAGUUGAAGGAGAAAUCUGAGGGAGAGUAUUCCUUGAAGCUACAAAUGGCGUCUCUGCACUACAACCACUCGGCCAGGUUCCUGCGUAACCUCACACUGUCGGCCAACGAACUGGAGGACAGUUUCCGCUCCGUGUUGAAAAACGCCGCCACGAGCGUGUCGACGGUUCUCGCCUCCAAGACGGCGGAGUACAGCGGCAGGGUUUCGCUCUUCGAGACGCCGUCACGGAGAACCCGCACUUCCAGCCAUAGCUGGGGGUGUUCGUUUGACCAGGAGGAGGACGUCUCUACUGAGCAGCCCGAAUCCGCCCUGGACACCUUCUUCGUGAAGCUGACCCUCAACAUCAGCAUCGAGUCGCCGGUCGUAUCCAUUCCUCGGAAACCCGGACACCCCGAGCUGCUGGUCGGCCAUCUGGGGAGCAUUACCAUCCAGAACUUUGUCAAUGACGAAGACUCUCAGGGAGAGAGGCUGGAGGUGUUGGUGAAGGACAUCCGACUGUACUCGGUCAACACGAGUCACUUGGUGUUGAAGAGAGCGCCCAGAGAGGAGAAAGCCGACACGUCUUCACCAUCCCACACUGGAAACGUCAACAAGGAUGAAUCCCAGUUCACACGCCACGACUUCUUCGAGUCCCUCAGCCGGGGAGAAGCCUUCCACAUACUGAAAGACACCACUAUUCACUUCACGUUUGAGAAAACUCCAGUCGAUGAGGAUUCUGAGCUCAUCCUGCUGACCACAGACGAGCCCUUCAGAAGCACAGGCCAGCUGAGAGUCCAAGGAAAAUUUGUCAACCCUGUUCAGGUUUGUCUGUGUAAACCCGUGUAUGAGCAAGUUCUCCAGACUCUGGACAACCUGUCCCUGAUUGAGGAGCAGCCUCCGACCCCCAGCCAGCCGCCGACGCCGCCCCCGCCCACCCCGUCCUCCUCCAGGCCCCACGGCUUCCCCGACCCCCAGGGCGGCCUGUUCGCCAGAGACCCGCCCUCCAUCAGCUUCUCUCACUCCUCCCUGUCCUCCUCGCUGUCCCUGCCGUCUCACCGGCCCGUCCAUCAGCCGCCGACCUUCACCCAGCUGAAGGUCACGCUCCUGGUGGCGGAGCUGCAGGUCCAGCUGAGCGCAGACCUCACGCAGGGCUCCCAGGGUCUGGUCAGUGUGCGCUUCCAGGACUUGGAGGGCCGCUUCACCAAGGACCACCCGCAGCUGCUGGAGGUGCAGCUGGCUCUGCGCGCGCUGCUGAUGGAGGACCUGCUGGACCCCAACCCCGACUCCAAGUACAAGCACCUGAUGAAGUCCCACGGCGUCCCCAAGCCGUCCACCUUCAGCUCCAAGGAGUACCUGUCCCGCAGCUGCCCGUCGACCUCCAAUGCUCUGUGCCCGGACAUGCCGCGCUCGCUGCCCGCCCACAUCAAGGAGACGCAGAACGUCUUCCAGCCCUACCAGAGGCACCCCGCCACGCCGUCCACCGGCCGCAAGUCCAAGAAGGACCCGGACUUCCCCAGCACCCCGCCUCCCUCUCCGACGCCGCGCGCCGGCUCCCCGCAGCCCGACUCCAACUUCGAGGACUCGUUGGUUCACAUCAACGUGCUGCUGGUGGAGGCCGGCCACCCGGAGUUCAAGACGCGCUACGGCAGCGUCGGCCGCAGUGUGGAUGUGGACUUUAACUGCCUGGACAUCCUGAUCACGCUCCAGACCUGGGUUGUCAUCCUGGACUUCUUCGGCAUCGGCUCCACGGCCAACAACCACGCGGUGAAGCCGCCGGCCGCCGCCACCCAGCCGGUGGCCGGACAUCUGCUGUACGAGCCGGACGGCAGCGAAGAGGAGGAGGAGGAGGGAGAGACGGCGCCGACAGUCAACACCAAGCUGGACCUGAAGGUCCAUUCUUUGACUCUCAUCCUGAACAAGAAGCUCCAUGAACUGGCCAGAGCGAGCGUGUCAAAACUCUCCGCUCAUCUUGAUAAGCGCGACGGCGACCUGAGGAUACAUGGCAGUUUGGGAAGUCUGUCCCUGAGUGACCUGACCCCGCACGGCGACUUCUACAGAGAGCGCUUCACCACUCAGGGAGGCGAGGCGCUGGUUUUCAACAUCCUCAGGUACGGCCAGCCGGAUCCCGACCUGCAGCGCGAAUGUGACGUCAAGGUGUCGCUGCAGAUGGCGUCUGUUCAGUACGUUCACACGCAGCGCUUCCAAGCCGAGGUGGUAGCCUUCAUCCAGCAUUUCACCCAGCUGCAGGACGUCCUGGGCAGACAGAGGGCGGCCAUGGAGGGCCAGGCGGUGCACGAUCAGCCUCAGAGGGCAUCCAGGGUUCUGCUGGACAUCGACGCCGGCGCGCCGGUUCUGAUCAUCCCGGAAAACUCGCGGUCGCCCCGGGUGAUCGUGGCCAACCUGGGCCAGCUGAAGGUGCAGAACAUCUUCCUGCCGGCCGGGUCGCACGGAACCGUUUCCCUCCGAGACAAGGUAGAGAAACUCACCAUGGCGCACGCCUUUUUCCCCUCUCUGGAGCGCGUCAGGAGCGCAGCGGAAGGAGCGAGUAAUGCUCAGGAGAAGCCGAGAAGUUUCCCUUCCGGCUCCGCCUCAUCCUCAGGAUUUGGCCUCAGCAGACCCAAAGCGGUGAACAGCAGAACCGGCCCCGAGGACGAGGACCCGACCAGCUUGGAAGGCCAUGUGUGUCUGUUGGACUGCAUGGCCCUGGACCUGCAGGAGAUGGACAUCUUUGCUGCGGAGCGCCUGCCCUGCUGGGACAGCACCGGGAAGCCCGAGCCCUCGGACCUGAUCUUCCCUUCCUACUGGGUCCGUCGAACCGGAGACAACCUGCUGAAAGACUGCUGCCGCCUCACGCUGAAGGUGGAGCGCAACCUGGACAAGGAGCUGAGCCACGCCGUGCCGGACACGUCCAUUCACGGCAGCCUGUCGUCGGUUCACUGCUCCCUGGACAGGAAGCACUACCAGCUGAUCCGGGGCAUCCUGGAGAACAACCUGGGGGAACCGGUGGAGGAGUUCCUGCGGCCGUACAACCUGCAGCACCCCAGCAGCUACACGGUGCUGAGUGGAGCCGUCUUCACCAACCUGUCCUUCCUGGUGGACAUGACGGACGUCAGCCUGGAGCUGCUGGACAGCCCCACCUCUGCUGACAGCAGGAACUCUUUGGCCAGGUUUGACUUUGUGAAAUCCAAAGUCCUGUUUGAGAGUUUAUCCGACGGCUCCAAGUCAGUGAACCUGGUGUCUCACUCUCUGCUGGCGAACGACACCAGAUACACUGAAACCACGAAAAGCAGCGAAGACAGCAGGUGCAACGUGUUCGACUGCAUCCUGCAGCCUUCGAAAACAGGAACCAACCGGGCGUCUCUGCAGCUGGAGCUGCACUACAGAUCCACGCGGGACUCGUCCAGCUUCACGGUCGUCCUCAACAACCUGCGGGUUUUCCUGAUCUUCGACUGGCUGCAGCUGGUGCAUCACUUCCUGCAGCUGCAGCCUGAAAACGCCCCGGACGACACGGAGAGCCAGCAACCCUGCACCGCCGCAUCCGUCGGCGCCGCCGCAUCCGUCAGCGCCGCCGCAUCCGUCAUGCCAAAGACGGUGAAGAGCGGCGUGGUGACGAAGAGGUCCACGGUGAUGGUCAGUCAGGACCGCUGCCUGGAGGUGAAGAUCAACGUCACAGGCACAGAGUUUGUAGUGGUGGAGGACGUUUCCUGCCUCGACACCAACGCCAUCAUCCUGAAGGGAACCACGGUCCUCACGUACAAGCCCCGCCUGCUGGACCGACCGUUCUCUGGCAGCCUGGCAGGAAUAGAGGUGUUCUCGUGCCGGCUGGGCAGCGAGCAGGAGACGGCGCUGUCCAUCAUCGACCCGGUCAACGUGCAGCUGGAGCUGUGCGGCAGCCCCACCUACCCCAGCAGCUCGGGGCUCCUGGACGCUUUCAACGUGGAGGACAUCCCGCCGCUGCUGGAGAUCCAGUUUCCUGCUCUGGACAUCCGUCUCUCCUACAACGACAUCCAGCUCUUCCUGUCCAUCGCCAAGUCCAUCUCUGCCGCCCAGGCUCCGCCUUCUCAGGCUGAUCCAGCCCAUGGAGCGCCGCCAUUUAAAGAUGGCGCCCAGGAGAAGACGCAAAGCCUCAUCGAAACCAAACUGAGCCACUUACAAAACCUUGGCUUCAGAAGAGAGGACUGCAAAACAGCCCUGAGCAGCUGCAAAGGCCAGCUGAACCAGGCGGCCACCUGGCUGUGGGAGAACUCGGAGAACGUGGCGGGGCUUCCCCGAGGCCGGGCCGACUCCGGCCCCAGCAGCCACGCCUGGCCUCUGUCCGGCGUGGAGGUGAAGGCCGAGAGCGUCUGCAUCUGUCUCAUCGACGACUGCCUGGACUGUGACAUCCCGCUGGCCGAGCUCACCUUCUCCAGACUAAAUGUGCUGCAGCGCAUUGGCUCCACCCAGGAAGGAAACGCCAGCUUCACGCUGUCCGGAGAUUACUACAACCGAGAGCUGUCAGGCUGGGAGCCGUUCAUCGAGCCCUGGCCCUGCGUCCUGUCAUGGCAGCAUCAGGCUGCGGGCCGACUCCACCCUCCACGCCUGAAGGUCGGCGUUCGAGCAAAGCAGAGGCUGGACGUCAACAUCACCUCGGUUCUGCUGGGUGAGUGUGCGCCUCUGACUCACCUUAGAGCUAGGAGCACAGCCAGCCUGACGAGCCUCGAGCAGCAGACUCCCUCCAGAGAUGUGAAGAUAUCAAAGAGGAGGCAGCCGUUUGUCCCAUUCGCACUCCGAAACCACACAGGCUGCACCAUGUGGUUCGCCACGUCGACCACAACCCCCACAAGGGUGGCGCUGUCCCACAGCAGCAGUGCUGACUCCAUCUCCGACCUCCAGAGUUCACGAACUGACGACACUCACAACCUCAGUCAGUGGAGGGAGGUUCUGCCUGGCGAGGAGAUUCCCUUUGAGUUCGAGGCCCGCGAGAAGCUACGUCACCGACACACUCAUGAGCUGAAGCUCCACCAGCUGCUGGUCAGAGUCUGUGGCUGGGAGCAAGUUGAGCCGGUGUCGGUGGAAAAAGUGGGGGUUUUCUUCAGAUACGCUGCCCCGGACAGAAACAACUCCUCAGGCAUUGUCGGCAGCCUGAUCAGCAGGACCAACAUCAUCCAUCCUCACGUUUAUUUCUCAGAGCUGCCCCCUGUCAGGGUGGUGUUCGCCAUCACCAUGGAGGGCAGCGCCCGGAAGGUCAUCACCGUGCGCUCGGCCCUGAUGGUGAAGAACCGCAUGGAUGUUCAGAUGGAGAUCCGGCUGGAUAGUCCCUCUGCRCCCGACAAGCCGGUGGUGCUGCCUCCCAUCAUGCCUGGCCAGGCGUUAGCCGUCCCCCUCCACCUGACCUCCUGGCGGCUGCAGGCCCGGCCUCAAGGCAUGGGUCUGUUCUUCUGCAAGGUUCCGGUCCACUGGACCAGCGUGGAGCAACCCGGAGAGGUCAAAAGCAGCAAGAGGGACUGCCAGUCAACUGAUUUUGAUGAGUCGCCUGAACGCAACUUCAAAUUCUGUGUGGUCAUCAAGAAGGAGAACUUUCCAGAGCAGAAGCCGGCGAAGCCGCAGGUUUCCGGCGGCGCUCAGCAGAUCUACCGGCAGCCGGGUCACACCAUCUACCUGCUGCCCACCGUGGUGCUGACCAACCUGCUGCCCUGUGACCUCAACUUCUACAUCAAAGGAACCAACAUCAGAGGCUCUCUGAAGCCCAGAGAGGAGGCGGUGCUUCACUCUGCUGACACGUCCCAGAACAUCGAGCUGGGAGUCCAUCUGGAGAACUUCCCCGAGUGCAAAGAGCUGGUGAUUCCUCCGGGCACUCAGAACUACAUGGUGGGCAUGAGGCUGUACGACACCAACAAGCAGCAGCUGAGUCUCACCAUCCGCAUCGUCCUGAGAGCAAAAGGAGCGCUGAAGAUCCUGGUCUCUGCUCCCUACUGGCUCAUCAACAAGACCGGUCUGCCGCUGAUUUUCCGUCAGGACAACACCAAAACCGACGCGGCGGGCCAGUUCCAGGAGCACGAGUUGGCCCGCAGCCUCAGCCCUCUGCUGUUCUGCUACACAGACAAGGAGCAGCCGUCCAUGUGCACGAUGCGGAUUGGGAAAGGGAUCCACCCGGACGGCGUUCCCGGCUGGUGCCAGCGCUUCUCCCUGGACGGAGGGAGCGGAGUCCGAGCCCUGAACGUCACGCAGCCGGGGAACAAACCGGGACUCAUCUACAACAUAGGAAUCCACGUGCAUAAAGGGAAAGGAAACUACAGAGACACCCACAUAGUGACCUUUGCCCCCCGCUACCUGCUGGAUAACCACUCAACACACAAACUGGCCUUCGCUCAGCGAGAGUUUGCAAGAGGACAGGGCGCCUCCAACCCUGAGGGGUACAUUUCCACGCUGCCGGGCUCCAGCGUGGUUUUCCACUGGCCCCGGAACGACUACGACCAGCUGCUGUGUGUGCGGCUCAUGGACGUCCCCAACUGCACCUGGUCCGGGGGCUUCGAGGUCAACAAGCCGAAGUCCUUCCACAUCAACAUGAGAGACACGCUGGGGAACUGUUUCUUCCUGCGGACCGAGAUCAGCCUGAAAGGAGUCACCUACCUGAUUUCCUUCACGGACACGGAUCAGCUGCCUCCGCCGCUACGCAUCGACAACUUAUCCGAGGUUCCGGUCCAGUUCUGGCAGCACGGCGUGGCCGACCUGCGGCUGCAGUCCGAGGUGAAGGCCGCGUCGGUGAUGGACUACGCCUGCGACGAGCCCACGCUGCCGCCGUGCAUCACCCUCAUCGUGAAGGGGGCGGGGUCGUCCGAGGUCACAGCCAACAUGAACUUCUUCAAGGAAUACAACAAGCUGUACUACGAGAACUUCAUCUACAUCGCCGCCACGCACACCUUCUCCCCGAACCUGGAGAGGAGACCGGUUGGGAAGCAGCGCCUGGGGAGCGGCGCGGAGUUGGUUCUGGACGUGGACCCAAAAACCCGACGGGUCAUCCUCAGGAAAAAGGAGCCGGGGAAGCGCUCCCAGCUGUGGAGGAUGACCGAGUCCGGCAUGCUGUGCCACGAAGGCUCCUCCCCCCCACAGAGCAAGCCGUCCCAGCCCCGACCGCUGGACACCUCCCUGGUCCUGGACAUCGCCGGGCUGGCUGCCGUCAGCGAUAACAGGUUUGAGCCGUUGAUGCUGAGGAGGCCCGACUCGCGCCGCAGCACCACCCAGACCUGGUACUUCAGCCACGGCAUGCUGACCUGCGGCCUCCCCCUCCUGGUGGUUCAGGUGAAAAAUGGCGUGGCGGGGAUGCAUGACGGGGCGGAGGUGGUUCUGGGGCCAGAUUCGGGUCUGGAUCAGCCCGGUCCAGAGCAGCAGUUCAUCAACCAGAAGAUGAGACCUGGAUCGGGAGUCCUGUCGGUCCAGGUUCUGCCAGAUGGACCAACCCGCGUCCUCCAGAUCAGUGACUUCAGCCAGAGGAGGACACUGUGGAGCUCCUCCAGCGAAGAAAAGGAAGUCGGCAAAGAAGAAGAGGAGAAGCCGGAGCCGGAGCAGGAGCUGGAGGUGCUGGUCAACCUGGAGGACGGUCUGGGCGUCUCUCUGGUCAACAAGCUUCCAGAGGAGCUCAUUUUCGCGACGCUCUCUGGCGUGAACGUUCACUUCACGCGCACAGCAGCCACCGAAGUCCUGGAGCUGAGCAUCCAGAACAUCCAGGUGGACAACCAGUUGCUCGGCACCACCCAGCCCGUGAUGCUGUGCGUCUCUCCCAGUUUGGCCGACGACGGCGCCAUCGAAGACGGCGCCGCCCUGCAGGUCAACUCGGUCAAAGUUCCCAGCAGCCUCAUGCUCACCGAGCUCUUCAAGCACCUGAUGGUGACGGCGCGGCGCUUCACGGUCAUCAUCGACGAGAAGCUGCUGCUCAAGCUGCUCAGCUUCUUCGGCUACGGGAAGGCCGAGGCCGGGCUGGAGAACCUGGAUGAGAACCUGCAUGAGCGGCCCAGCGAGGACAGCGCGCCCCGGAAGCGUUACUACUUUGAGAACCUGAAGAUCAGCCUGCCGCAGAUCAAACUGAGCGUCCUGCCGUCCCACAAGCUGCCGCCGGACCUCAAGGUUCUGAAAGGCACCCUGGGCUUCCCUCUGAUCCGCUUCGAGGAUGCGGUCAUCAACAUGUACCCGUUUACCAGAGUCCACCCCUACGAGACGCAGGAGAUCAUCAUCAACGACAUCCUCAAGCACUUCCGAGAGGAGCUGCUGAGCCAGGCGGCGCAGAUCCUGGGCUCCGUGGACUUCCUGGGGAACCCGAUGGGCCUCCUGAACGACGUCUCCGAGGGAAUGACCAAGCUCAUCAAGCACGGCAACGUGCACGGCAUGCUGCUCAACGUCACGCAUGGCGUCUCCAACUCCGCCGCCAAGUUUGCAGGCACGCUGUCGGACGGUCUGGGUAAGACCAUGGACAACCGGCACCAGAGCGAGCGGGAGUACAUCCGGUACUGCGGCGCCACCAGUGGGGAGCACCUGGUGGCCGGGAUCCACGGCCUCGCUCACGGAAUCAUCGGCGGCAUGACGAGCAUCAUCACCUCCACCGUGGAGGGCGUGAAGACGGAGGGCGGCGUCAGCGGCUUCUUCUCUGGACUCGGUAAAGGUCUGGUGGGAACCGUCACCAAACCCGUCGCCGGGGCGUUGGACUUCGCCUCGGAGACGGCCCAGACGGUGCGGGACAUCGCCAGCCUCAGCAGCCACAGGCUCCUGGUCCAGCGCGUCAGGAAGCCGCGCUGCUGUAAGGGCCCUCAGGGCCUGCUGCCGCGGUUCUCAGCCACUCAGGCCGAAGGUCAGGAGCAGCUCUUCCGCCUCACCGACAACAUCCACUCCGAGUUCUUAAUGGCGGUGGAGCCGAUCGACACCUACAGCGUCCUCAUCUCCUCCAAAGUGGUUUACUUCCUGAAGCCGGGCGACAGCGUGGACCGCGAGGGCAUCGUCCUGGAGGUCAAGUACGACGACCUCUUCCACUGCCUGGUCUCCAGGGAGUACGGGAAAGUUUACGUCCAGCUCACCAAGAAGGCGGAGAACUCCACCAGCGGAGUGGCCAUUCCCGGACCCUCGCAACAGAGACCCAUGGUCCAAGUGAAGAACGAGAACCUCGCCUAUAAGAUCUCCCAGCAGAUCAACUACGCCAAGAGCCUGUACUACGAGCAGCAGCUGAUGCUGCCGGCCGACGACAACGAAGACUUCCUGCUGCUCGAGUUCUGACGUUUUCCUCCCAGGUUCUGAAGCGACUCGGCCGGUCAGAGGAAGGAGAAACAUGCAACGCUCUGACAAACACUUUGAGACUCCUGAACUCUGCAAACUGACAGAACCACUAUUUGCUCUGGACGUGCACCGACACACAGAACUGUGAAUAUGUCUAGAACCAUAAACUCUGUAAAUAUUUAUAUAUGUUGUAAUAAUAAAGAUAGGAUAUUAACAAGAA